AUGGCUGCGCGCCCUUCUUGUUCAGCUUCGCCGUUUCGGUCGUUGCUUCCGUCUCCCUCUCUUCUCUCCUCGACAGUCUCCCUCUGCAUCUUUGCUCCCCGACAUGGCCUAGCCGCCGCGUUUGUUCCUUCGCACGUCAGCUCUGCAUGCACAGCUCUUUCCGCAGGAUCUUUCGUGUCUCCGUCCUUGCUUUCGCCGUAUUCGUCUGCUGCCUCGCGCCUGUCUGCCUCUCCUCUCGGCGCGCGGCCGCCGUCUCUUCCUCCUCUCUCCCUGCAGCUUUCGCGCGGCUUUCGCUACGCGCCGGCCUCCAGCCUCUCGCCGCCACGCUUGCGGCCUUCGGCGCUCUCCUCGCCCGCCUCGCUUUCCUCUUCUUCGUUGCUCAGCCGCCGGCAGGGAGGCGGCGACAGGGAGAAGAGGGGCAAGAAGGCCGAAAAGGACAAGCGCCGCGACGCCGAAGCAGAAAGACCUGAGAAGUUCGCGGAUUGGACUGAAGAUGCCUUCCUCAGCAGAGCCGCGGAAGGCCUGCAGAGCGCUGCCGAGCGCGUGAAGGUGCGCCUCGCGCAACUGCGGCCUGAACCGGCAAGCGUACCUUCGCUGGAGAAAAUCAUCGUCCACGUGACCACGCCGUCCGCUUCGGGGGUGGGUGCGGCUGCAGCUGUCUCCGCGCCUGUGCGCUCGAUCGUCUCCCUGCGCCACGUCUCCUCCUCGACGCUGGCGCUGCGACCCCUAGAUGGCUACCAGCAUGCGCUCGCGGCGAUUGAGAAGGCGCUGUCGAGCUCCUCGCUCGGCGUCUCAGUCAGCAUGCGCCGAGCCGAGGGUGCCGGCGCCAAGAGCGGCAACUCGACGGAGAUCUUCGUUGAGUUUCCGCCUCUGACUCAAGAGCGGAGGCUGCAGCUGGUGAACGAAGCGAGAGCGGAGGCAGAGGAAGGGCGGGUUUCUCUGAGACGCUUCCGCAGAGACCUCGUCGAGGAGUUGCGAGCUGUGAAGAAGGCUGGGGGCAUUGGAGAAGACCGCAUUGCGAAGCUGCAGGAUCGGGUGCAGCAAGCCACAGAGAAGAAGAUCGCAGAGAUUGACGGUGCCCUUACCUCCAAAGAGAAACAGCUUCAGUUGAAAUAA